AUGCCGAGUUGGGUGAGACCAGAGGUAUAUCCUCUUAUGGCUGCAAUGACGUUUGUGACAAGCAUAUGUGUUUUCCAGCUUACUCGAAAUGUUUUCAUGAACCCCGAUGUCAGAGUGAAUAAGGCUCACCGUACCAUGGCUGUGCUCGAAAAUCAUGAAGAGGGUCAAAAAUACGCUGAACAUGGUCUUCGGAGAUUCUUACGUACACGACCACCUGAGGUCAUGCCGACUGUCAACGCCUUCUUCUCCGACACCACCAAAUAG